AUGGCCGCCGCAGGAGGGCGGCCGCGCCCGGCCGCCCUGGCGGCAGCCUCGCCCCGCCCGGCGCCCUCGCCCGAGCACGCCGGCUUCGGGGAGCCCUCCCGCCGCCCGCUGGCGUCCUGGGAGGCGCGGGAGGCCGAGCGGCACCUGUGCCGGAGGGCCCUGCUGCACGCGCGCCUGGCGGAGGCCGCCGCCGCGCUGCGCGUCGCCCGGGAGCUGGAGGCCUCGCGGCGGCCGGGCGGCCAGGAUGGAGGGACCGGGAGGCCGAGAUCGAGCUCUGGGAGGGGGAGAGGGCGCAGCUCCACGCCGCCUCGAGGCCCUGAGGGCCGCGCGGGCGCCGCCGCAGCCAGCGGCACACGGCGGGCGGCGCCUCGGGCCAGGCCGGGUGAGCGCGGGCCCACGCUGAAGCCGGGCGGGUGGUAA